ACCAAGAAAAGAGAGACAAACUAACUUCUUCAUAGUGUGUGCAGUGUAGUGAACAAGAGGGCCUUCUUCGCUCGCAAAACAAAAUGGCAAUGGCGUCACCAGCGGCGGCAAGGUCGCCGGUAUCCGCCACCGCAUCUCCGAUGCAACGCCUCUCCACCUUCAAGAAUCCUUCCACCGGCGCCGCAAGCGUUACCAACCCGACAUCCUCGGCCCUCGACUCUCUCGCCUCGGAUCCCAUCUUCUCCGCCUUCUUAUCCCCUUCCUUCUCCUCCACCUCAUUUUCCUCCGCUGCCCUCUCCUCUGGCUCCCCGGCAUCCACCGCCGAGAAGCUCCACCACGCGAUCCGCCUCCUCGAGAACCAGCUCCGCUCAGAGGUUCUCUCUCGGCACAACGACCUCCUCUCGCAGCUCUCAUCCCUCCACCACGCCGAUCACGCUCUCUCCACCCUCCGAUCCGCGCUAUCCUCUCUCCAGUCCUCCGUCCGCCGCCUCCGUUCCGAGCUAUCCGACCCGCACCGCUCCGUCGCCGCCAAAACCGCCCAGCUCUCCAACCUCCACCUUACAACAGAGCUCCUCCAGCAUUCCAUCCGCGCCCUCCGCCUGUCCAAGAAACUCCGUGAUCUCAUGGCCGCUGACCCCGAAAAACUCGAUCUCGCCAAGGCCGCGCAGCUGCACUACGAGAUCUUGAGCCUUUGCGACGAGUACGACCUUGGCGGCAUCGACGCCGUCGACGAAGAGCUUGAUUGGGUUAGGAAGACCGGAGAUUUGCUUCGGAGCGAGGCGAUGAAGGUUCUGGAACGCGGAAUGGAAGGGUUGAACCAGGCCGAGGUUGGAACAGGGUUGCAGGUUUUCUACAAUCUCGGAGAAUUGAAGGUCACCGUGGAGCAGGUGGUGAAUAAGUACAAGGGUUUGGGUGCUAAGAGUGUGAGUGUGGCGUUGGAUAUGAAGGCUGUUACGGGUGGAAGUGGAUACGGUCCCGGUGGGAUUAGAGGUUCUGGAACGCCCCACAUUGGAGGAGGGGCUAAGGCUAGAGAGGCUCUGUGGCAUAGGUUGGGGAAUUGCAUGGAUCAGUUGCAUUCUAUAGCUGUUGCUGUGUGGCACUUGCAGAGGGUGCUCUCCAAGAAACGGGAUCCAUUUAGCCAUGUUUUGUUGCUUGAUGAGGUCAUUCAGGAAGGUGAUCCCAUGCUAACAGAACGUGUGUGGGAGGCCAUUACUAAGGCGUUUGCAAGCCAAAUGAAGUCUGCUUUCACUGCAUCAAGUUUUGUUAAAGAGAUUUUUACAAUGGGAUAUCCGAAACUUUACUCCAUGAUAGAGAAUCUACUUGAAAGAAUUUCACAUGACACAGAUGUCAAAGGAGUAUUGCCAGCUAUCAAUUCGUCUGGGAAGGAGCAGAUAAUUUCAGCUGUUGAAAUAUUCCAGAAUGCAUUUUUGGCUCAUUGCUUGAGUCGCCUUUCAGACCUAGUGAAUUCUGUAUUUCCAAUGUCUAGCCGUGGCAGUGUUCCCUCCAAGGAACAAAUAUCAAGGAUUAUAACACGCAUCCAGGAAGAGAUAGAAGCUGUUCAGGUGGAUGCACGCUUAACUCUUCUUGUUUUGCGUGAAGUUGGCAAGGUUUUAAUUCUUCUUGCAGAACGGGCUGAAUACCAGAUAUCCACUGGUCCUGAAUCACGUCAAGUAAGUGGUCCCGCUACACCGGCACAGCUCAAGAACUUUACAUUGUGUCAGCAUCUUCAAGAUGUUCAUACACGAAUAUCGUCCAUGCUUAAAGGAAUGCCUAGUAUUGCUGCUGAUGUGUUGUCUGCUUCAUUAGGUGCAUUAUAUGGUGUUGCCUGUGAUUCUGUAACAUCUUUAUUCCAGGCAAUGCUGGACCGUCUUGAGUCUUGCAUACUGCAAAUACAUGAUCAGAACUUUGGAGCGCAUGGAAUGGAUGCUGCUAUGGACAACAAUGCAUCACCUUAUAUGGAGGAGCUCCAGAAGUGUAUUCUUCACUUUCGCAGUGAGUUUCUAUCAAGGUUGUUGCCUUCAAGAAAUUCUGUAACUCCCGGGACAGAAAACAUAUCCACUAGGCUUGUCCAGAGCAUGGCUUCACGGGUACUAGUAUUCUUCAUCCGACAUGCUUCCCUUGUCAGACCGCUUUCAGAAUCAGGCAAGUUGAGGAUGGCUAGGGAUAUGGCUGAAUUGGAGCUAGCUGUGGGCCAAAAUUUGUUCCCUGUUGAGCAACUUGGGGCACCGUAUCGAGCACUAAGAGCAUUUCGUCCACUUAUUUUCUUGGAAACAGCCCAUCUUGCAUCGUCUCCUCUUCUUCAAGAUCUGCCACCGAAUGUCAUACUACAUCAUCUGUAUACCCGUGCUCCUGAAGAAUUGCAAUCACCAAUGCAAAGAAACAAACUAACUCCAUUGCAGUAUUCGUUGUGGCUAGAUUCUCAAUGGGAGGAUCAAAUCUGGAAGGGCAUCAAAGCAACACUUGAUGAUUAUGCUACAAAUGUAAGGAGCAGAGGAGAUAAGGAGUUUAGCCCUGUUUAUCCUCUCAUGCUUCAACUGGGUUCCUCUUUGGUUGAAAAGGAUCAGACUUCCUCAAAGUCUUGAUCCAGUAAAUAAUUUGUAGUCUAGCAAAUUCAACCACAUCAGCGACUUCCCAUAUGUGCUUCUUGAGAGUUCUUGAAAGGGUUUUGUUGUGGAAACACGAUCAAGAGGCUGCUAGUUCCGCUAACAAGCAUGAGGUACAAGCGUUCAAGUGAUUUGUAGUUUUUUUUCCUUUCCUUUUUUUCAUUUCUAUUCUUUCCUCUUUUCUUUUCUUUUUUUUUUUUUUAUAAACGGAAUUACUGUCGUUGGUUAAUCUCCAUUUUCCUGAUUAAUUGUUGUUAUAUGCAAUGUAGAGAAAUAUAGAUUUUUGAUGGAAGAUAAAAACAAGUGCUGUUGUAUACUCCUCGUGAUUAAUGGACAUGUAAUAUAUUCUUUUAUCAUUCUUUA